UUCGGGGCGGGGCCUCCGGCGUGCCGGCACCGCCCCCUGACGGCCAGCUUGGCAGCGGCUUCGACACCGCCUCAGAACAGACGUCGCGGAGGAGGGAGGGCUGCCAGUGUCGACAUGCUGCUGGAGGAGGUCCGCGCCGGCGACCGGCUAACCGGGGCGGCGGCCCGGGGCGACGUGCAGGAGGUGCGCCGCCUUCUGCACCGCGAGCUCGUGCAUCCCGACGCCCUGAACCGCUUCGGCAAGACGGCGCUGCAGGUCAUGAUGUUCGGCAGCCCCACCAUUGCUUUGGAGCUCCUCAAGCAAGGUGCCAGCCCCAAUGUUCAGGACGCCACCGGCACUACUCCAGCCCAUGACGCUGCGCGCACUGGAUUCCUGGACACCCUGAAGGUCUUGGUAGAGCAUGGUGCUGAUGUCAACGCGCCUGAUGGCACUGGGGCGCUCCCCAUACACCUGGCGGUGCGAGAGGGCCACACGGCUGUGGUCAGCUUCCUGGCUAUGGAGUCUGAUCUCCAUCACAGGGACGCCAGGGGCCUCACACCCCUGGAGCUGGCGCAGGGGCUAGGGGCCCAGGAUCUCAUGGACAUCCUGCAGGGGCAUACGGUGGUGCUGCUGUGACCCAGGGCCACCCACUCCUGCAACAGGACCCAGCGGGGUUCUGCAUCAAGAGAGGAGGAAAGAAACACUUUCUCCCCUCAUUUCUGCCCACUGUCAAAAGGGGAGGGGCACCCGUUUGUGGCUUGUUGGUGUUGAUUUGCGGGGUGUGUGUGUUUGAGGGACAUUUCUCAUUUGUUUUUCUCACCCCUUUUGACGUGCUGGGCAGAGAAGGGCUCUUGCCGACAACAGCCAUCUAAACGGUUCCGUUUUCUCUGUGCCUCAGAUUGCUGGGGCUGCAGACGCCCAAGAACAGAGCGUUUAAAGCCCCAGCCCCAGAGUGAGGUCAUCGCUUCCAGGGCUCCUGGAACCUGGCGACCUUGGCUGGCUUGUACCCAGAGAGAGACCUCAAAGUGUGCACACUGCUUUCAGGCAUGGGGUGGGAGGGGGGAGAGUUUCGAAUCAAAGGGUAGUCAUGAGUUCGUUCAUAUUUUGUUGGAAGCUUGUUUUCCAGUCUCUUGUACAGCGUUUAAAAAAAGAGAUUCUAUUUAUUAAGCUUUGUGGAAAAAAAUUGUGUGAUAACUUAAUGUUUUUACCCAUUAAAUUAAGACUUGUGCAUGAUCAGA